GCCUUCCUAAAGAAGAUGUCUCUCAGCACUAAGCAGAGGCUGGACAGCACUCAGAAGAUGAGGCAGCCCCACAUUAUCCAGCUUCAGGACAUGAGCGAAACCUCCCAUGGAAAGUUCUCAGCAGUUGACCUGGACAAGAGCUUGUUUCAGCCUUUCCCAUCAGAGGUGGUGUUUCAGAACUACCUUCCCUGCGAGGUCUGUGAAGUGCCACUGAUUCUGAGGAACAGAGACAAGGUUCCUCGGUUGGUGAAGCUUGUCUUGGAAAACUCCCCUUAUUUCAAGUUGAUCAGCCCCGAUGGUGAGAGCCAUAAGGUAGCACCUGGCCUGUCUUCAACCUUCCGCAUUCUUUUCACCCCUGAGGAGAACAAGGAUUAUUUCCACCAGCUUAUCUGCAUCACAGAAAGGGAGAAGUUUAUUGUGCCUAUUCGAGCAAUAGGUGCCCGAGCCAUCCUGGACUUCCCUGACCAGGUGAACUUCUCAGAGUGUCCAGUCAAGUUCAGCACUCAGAAAACUCUGCUGGUGCGCAACAUUGGUAAUCGGAAGGCUCACUACAGCAUCAGCACUCAGAGCCCUUUCUCUGUGGAUCCCUCCAUCGGGACUCUUGGAAUUGGUGAAGUCAUGCAAGUAACAGUGGUGUUUCACCCACUGAAGACUGGUGAUUAUUCCCGAUCCCUGACAGUUCACUAUGACACAGGUGAAGAUAUUCACACAAGCCUUUAUGGAGCAGCUGUAGAUGUCAACAUCAGGCUAGACAGGAACUCCUUGACAGUUGAGAAGACUUACCUCACGCUGUCAAACCACAGAUCCAUCAUCAUCCACAACCAGAGUGAAAUCAUAGCCCACUUCCAGUGGAAGCCUUUUGUCAACCAAGAAAAGGAGGAUCAGCAGAAGCUGAGGUUUGUUUCAAAGAUUCAUUUUGAGGACAGGAUGGAUUGUGCUUGUAAGGAAGGUGGGGUGGGCCCCACUCUCCAAGAGCGCCUUUCUCUUCUCAUCCACACCUUUGAGAACCAGGUGACAAAGGUUCAGGAAGACCCCAUGCAUUCCUCCGAUGAUGUUUUCACCAUUGAGCCAGUGGAGGGAGAUGUCUGGCCAAAUUCCUCAGCUGAAAUCAAGGUGAUCUUUAAACCGCAAGAAGCCAAAGUCUAUCAAGAAAGAGUCUACUGUGACAUCUCAGGCCGUGAGACAAGGCUGCCUCUGUGUAUCAGCGGGGAAGGCAUUGGACCCCAGCUCCGCUUCAACUUUGACCUGCUGGACAUCGGGCAGGUUUUUGUUGGCUCGGCCCUCAGCUAUGAGGCAAUUCUGCUUAACAAAGGAGCCAUAGAUGCUCCCUUCAGCUUGGUCCUUCCAGCUACAGCUCUCGGCUCCUGCUUCACUUUUACCCCACAGGAGGGCAUCGUUUUGCUGGGGGGGUACCAAGUCAUCCGGAUCUUCUUCAGACCCAGUAUCCUGGGGCAGUUCACGGAAGAAUUCGUGUUUAGCGUGGACAGAUCCCCUGAGCCUGUGGCCCUGACUAUCAGGGGCUGUGUCAUUGGACCAACAUUUCAUUUUGAUGUACCUUUCCUCUGCUUUGGUGAUGUCUCCUUUGGCUUUCCUCGCACCUUGUCAUGUCGCCUCACUAACACUUCCUUGGUGCCCAUGACCUUCAACCUUCGCAUUCCUGGGGAUGGACUGGGAGAGCCCAGUGUGACCAGUUUUGACCAGCUGUCAGAGAACACUUGUCCGUCCUGGAGAAAGGGAACCCAAGGUCAUGUCAAGCCAACCGAAUUUGCCAUCAAGCCCUGCAGAGGGACUGUCUGUGCCCAUGGACACCUGGAUAUCCAGGUCACCCUGUGUUCCAACACCGUGAAGAGAUACAGGCUGGCACUGGUGGUAGAUGUGGAUGGUGUUGGCAAGGAGGUGUUGGCGCUGCUCCUCACAGCCAGAUGUAUAGUUCCUCCACUCCGCGUGCUUGACCCUGUCAUGACAUUUGGACGAUGCUUUCUAAAAUUCCCUUAUCAGCAGAUGCUGACCCUUGUGAAUGACAGUGACCUUCCAGGCUGCUAUGGGGUUCUUCCUCAGGAACAUAAGGAUAAUGCUGCUGUAUGGUACUCCAGUUCCAUGCCACGUGGAAUUAUCCAGCCUCACAGCUCAGUGGAUAUCCCAUUCACACUGGAAGCCCAGAUGACUGGACAGCAGGACACUGUUGCUCAUGUUGUGGUGUUUGGGAGUAAAGGUGCCCCACUGGAAAUCCAUUUAGUGAGCAUUGGAGAAGGACCAGUUGUCUACGUGCAUCCAAGUAAGAUAAAUUUGGGCACUAUCCAAGUUCUACGAGAUGCUUCCCAAACCCUUCACCUCUCCAAUCAGUCUGUCAUUCCUGCACCCUUUUCAGCAAAGAUGACUAACAAACGCUCACGCUGGAGAAUUGAACCCGCUAACGGAGUGAUUCCCCCUGAGACUGGGGUGUCUGUGGCUGUCAUAGCAAACUUGAAUGACACGGAGGAAUUCAAUGAUGAGGUGAAGCUGUUUGUGAAGAACAGCCAUACCACUGUCAUCCCUGUCCAGGCUGUUGGCAUUGGCACAACGAUUAUCACCGACAAACCCUUUGCUCCAGAGCUUAACCUGGGGCCCCACUUCAGCCUGGAUCCCUGCCGUUACAGCUUCAAGGUAACAAACAAAGGACGACGCACCCAUCUACUCUAUUGGAGAACAGAAGGUUUCACUGUGUUUCACCGGCAUGAUCGUCUCCCUCCCAUCAGUAACACCAAAGGCAAGGUUUCCUCCCAGGCCCCCAGUCCUGCCUGCCCUGUGUUUAAGCUUCAACCAGUGAGGGCAGAGCUGAUGCCUGGCAAGACAGUGGAGAUGCUGCUGGAAGGCUCCUCUAGUACUCCGCAGGUGGUGAAGGAGCGGCUGCUGUGUCAUGCCAUCGUGGGGAACACAGCAGGAAAAAUCCUGAUCAUGAAAACAGAUGUCAUGUGUGAGUUCAUUGCUCCCAUUCUGCAAAUGUCCACUAGAGAAAUCACCUUCCGUGUAGAGAAGCAACCCAGUGAUGUCCUUACUCUGCAGUAUAAGCCUCUUUCUAUAAAAAACAUCUCAUCACUGCCCCUCAGCAUGGUCCUGGCCUUAGGACAACCCUUCUCCAUCUGCAGUGCAGACCAGCAGCCCCUCCCUGCAGACACACAGCCAGUGAAGCUGGGCACAGAGGAGGAACUUCAUCUCUGCAUCAGAUUUAACCCUGCUUAUGGGGAAGAUUUGAGUAGCCGGACAGUAGAGAAGGCUCUGAAGAUACAGUUUCUCGAGCAUCCUCAUCAGGAGCAGGUCACGGUUCGGGGAGAAGUCUACUUCCCGAAUCUCCUUAUCCAGACCACAGCCCUGGACUUUGGCUGCAUCUUGAAUGACACUGAAGAUGUGCGUUAUGUCAAGAUGACCAACUGCAGCCCGCUUCUUGUCCAGUACCACUGGUCAUUCCUGACAGACAGCCAUAGGAACCUCAUUAGGUACAGCCCUCCAACAUCUAAAUUUUUCACUGAACCCCAACCACUGAAGAAGGAAACCUCCUCGGAGCACUCAGCACCUUCAGAGAGCAGUUCCAGGAGUGGAAGUGUAGAGGAGCCAACUGAAUCCCUGGGAGCAGUGGGAGAUCCUAUCCAAGAGCCAGCACAUGCAGAUGACUACCUGGAAGCAAAGCUGCUGCCAUCCACUGCUGAGGAACCGGAAGGUGCUGCAGAUCCUCCGAGACCAGUGGAGAUCAAGAAAUUGGUCCAGUUCAUGGAGACGGAGCCCCUUGCCAUGGGAGUGGAGGAGGUUUUUGAUGUCCUGCCACUGUAUGGUGAGCUGCAGCCAGGUGAGAGCCAGGAGGUCACGUUCACCUUCUUUGGCCACGCAAACAUCAUCGCCCGUGUCACGGCACUCUGCAGGGUGGAGGGAGGCCCGACCUAUGAGGUGAUGCUGAGUGGGGAGGCUUCACUUAUCAGCUACUUCCUAGACAUCACAAAGAUCGACUGCGGGCUACAGCUGUUUAAUGAAGUCAUCAAAGCAGAGGUCACUCUGCACAACAGCGGGAAGCUGGGAUUCACCUUUGUGGUGCUGAGCCCGAGCACAGCCACUGCAGCCAGCCCUCUGCCUGGUGUGCCCCUGGUGGUGCCCAGCACAGGUUACAUUGGACCUGGCAAGGAGCAAAUGCUGAAAGUCUAUUACCUGCCAGGAGUGCCUGGAGUCUUCUACAGGAAUUUCCAUAUCCGAGUGGGUCACCUGGAACCAGAAGAAAUCUCCCUGAAAGGAGAAGGUACCUUUCCUAGAAUCCACCUGGACCUGCCCAGGAACAUCACAGGAAAUGAAAAAUAUGAGAAGAUUCUCAAAGAGGUGAAAGAGAAGAUGGAAAAAGCCAGCCAGCAAGAUGAGGCAGCUGUUCUGGAGGAGGCUGUGGCAGCAGAGCCAGCCACAGACAAUUCAGGCAUUGUGUUGGAUGCUCAGCUGCAGAUGCAGAUGGAGCAGAUGUUGAUAGAGGAACAUGCUCUGGAACAGCAGAAAGCUGUCACCUCCAGUUUCCCAGAGGAGACUGCUUUUGACCGGCGUGCACGUCAGAGGCUUCUCAAAGCUGAGCUGCCAGAGUACAUCCUGGACUUUGGCUACAUCAUUCUUGGUAACAUCCGCACGUACAUUGUGAAGAUCACCAAUACCGGGCACUUCCCUGUGUCCUUCCACUUCAAUGUACAUGUCCUGCGUGACACAGGAUUCAGUGUGGGACUGGACCGUGUGAAGCACCUGCCCUGCUGUGAGACUGAGACAUUCGAAGUGCGCUUCGACCCACAAAGUGCCAACCUGCCACUGGGAGAGGUGGACGUGCUCCUGCCCAUCAAGGUCACAGGAGGCCCCACAUUUCACAUCCGCCUCCGUGCCAAUGUGGCUGUGCCAUCCAUCUGUCUCUCCAGGGACAGACUGGAAUUCUCCGCUGUCCAGCAUGGACAGUGCCAGGAACAAACUGUCCAGCUCCAUAAUCCGCUCCAGAUCCCCUGUAAAUGGUUCAUCACCAUGAAACAGUCUGCUGAGAAGGUGGACAAACAUUUGCCAGUAGGACUGCAUCAGAAGCUGCCUCAGAAGUUGAAGGCUGAGCCCUGUGUCUUUGAGGUGACGCCGUUGGCUGGAACCCUUGCUCCAGGGCAGCGAUGUAACGUGCAAGUCAGGUUUUCACCCACAGAAGAGAAGACCUACAAAAGUGAGAUGCAGAUUAACAUUUGCCAAAACAGCCAGCACCUCCAGCUGCAGGUGCUGGGACAUGGUCUGGAACCACGGCUGGAGUUCAGCCCUUCAGUGCUUGAGCUGGGACCGUUGCUGCCAUACAGCUGUGGGGUGGAGGGGACAGUGGUGGUGAAGAACCCAUGUCAGUUCCCCAUCGAGUUUUACUCACUGGAGUUCGAUGAGCAGUACCUUGCUGAGGAGGAGAUCUUGCGGAUGCUGAAGAAUUACAAUUAUCACAACACCUUGUUGCUGCCUCCACGUGCCCCGGGUGAGAGUUUACCCCCAGAGGUGCUAGAGUACUAUGAGGAGCAGAAGAGGCUGCAGGAAGAGCAGGAAAAGUCCAAGACUGGGGAACCAGCAGGCCAGGACAAUGGUGAGGGUUUGAUAUUGGCUGUCCUGAAUCAAGGAGGAAAACACUCUGAUGGGAUCAUUCACACCAGCUCAACUCGUAGCUCCGUUGUUCCCUUCUCCAUUUUUGAUGAAAGCCAGUCCAACAAGGUGGACUCUAAAUCUGUCUGUGGAGAAGAGGAGGAGGAAGGUGUUGAGAGAAUACACAGGACAGAGCAUUGGCAAAGUACCACCAGCAGCAAGGAGGCCACAGGAGAGCUGGACAACAACCCUGUCUUUAGGGCCAUCGCCCGUCACCUCGGCAUUGAUACCUCUGCAGAAGGGUGUGCAGCCCGAAACCGUAGAGGGAUUGUCAUCAUUGUCCAUGGGGCACCCCUGACAGGAAAGACAGCAGCAGCAGUUGCCCUGUCCAAGCGUUACGGUGCUGUCUGCUUGUCCAUUGACGCUGUGGUAAAAGAAGCCAUCUCGAGCAGGAGCAGCUUGGCAGGGCUCCGCGCCCGGGAGCUCUGCAUCAGGGCUGCCAUCGAGCAGAGCCAGCAGGAGACAGAGGGUGCUGGUCAAACUGCAGUGGUAUCUCUCAGCCCACAGCUCCACACUGAGGUCACACACUGCCCAAGUGGAAGCCAGUCCAGCUCUGAGGGCAAAUCCAGCCUGCAGCCUAAUGGGCUGAGUUCCCAAGGCCAGGCAAGCACCACAGUGGGCAAGAAGAUGGAUAGUCACGCUUCCCAAUCCCAGCAAUAUGUAAUGGAUCCCACAGUCUCCCAGGGCUCAUCCAGUUCUCAUCUCACCUUUUCCCUUCCCUGCGUUGCUAUGCAGCGAUGGCUGAGCAUUAAUGGCAGCACAGCGGGAGAGCUGGGCUUCAUGAGCUGCGUGCUGCCUGAGGACUUGCUGGUAGCCAUCCUCUCUGAAAGGCUGCAGUUGAGUGACUGCUACCAGGGAGUGGUGUUUGAUGGCCUGGAGACCCUCUUUGCGCACAACAUAGCAUCUGCUCUCCUCUGCCUUCUCAAAGCUGUUAGAAAUCGGCCUCAUAUCUAUUUUGUGAACCUGUUCGAAAAUUAUGCUUCUUUUAAAGCCAGGGAGACAGCUGCAAAAGAGCAGGAAGGGCAGGAGCAGGAAGAAGCCUCCAGGAGGGAGAAAGCACAUCUCUGGGAGAUGGAUGAGGACGAGUAUGAUGCCCUCACUGAGGAGCAGAAAACUCAGUUUAAUAACAAUAUACGACAAGUCCAGCAAGAGAGGAAGAGGAGGGAGAUGGCUCAAGUGCUUGCAAAAAAGCACCGGCAGGAGCUAGAGCACUUGAAGAAAGAAGAAGAGCUGAAAAAGAUGUCUAAGCGGGGGAAGAGGGGUCUUGGAAAAGACAAAGAUAAUGCUCUGGGGAAGAAAAGCUAUUCUGGAGUCAAGCAGAACAUUAAUGCGUCCACUGGCAACACCAAUGCAUCCAACAGCAACCAGUCAAAUGUCACGGAGGAGCUGGACAAGAAAAGACCUGUAAAGGAGCACUCAGACUCUGUUGCAGGUGACAAGGAAGAUAAGAAAAAGCAGAGCAAGUUUCCCCUUACUGAUGUCUGCCCGGUGAUGGCACCAGACCAGGAACAGGAAGAAACCAAAACCAAGACCCAGAGUGACAGCGAGAAGAACUUGGCCCUGAGGUUUAAGACCUACGAGGCAUCGCAGAAGGAUGUCACACAUAUUUUGUCAUCUUGGGACAGGGUUCAGGGUAUCCUGUUGACCCCUUUGAACAAAGAGGAGAUGCAGCAACAAACAGAACAGCAGCGCCAACAUUUAUCCAGCUACAGGGCCCAAAAGAGCAGAGAGAAGGAGCGUCUGAAAAGGCUGGAGAAAGAGUGCCUGGAGAAUGAGCGGCUGGAAAAAUUGAAGGCUCUUGAGGACUCAAAGUCAUCUCUGCUGGAAGGGGAAGGUGCAGAAGGGCCAGCCAGAGACCAGCAUGUCGGUGUGCCCUGCUUGGACAUCCAGGUGCUGCACUCAGAAUGCGUGACCAGGACAAUUCUGGAGAGCAGCAGGCUGCCAGCAGCAGAGCAGAUCCUGGAUGACCUGGGGCUGGGUCCCUCAGGGCCUCCCAUUCCCCCUACCACUUUGUACUCUGUGAUCCACUACCCGGAGAAGAGGAUGGCCCCCACAGCAGAAGAAGCCCUCAAGCACUUUGUCUUUGCUGUGCCAGAAGGUGCCACUUCAGAAGAAAAGAAAACUGAAAGUCUCCUCCUGGACGUUCCUGUUGUGCCCACAGUGAAGACGUCAGAAGAGCAGAUCACUCCCACCAAGAGCCAGCUGAGGAAGGAGAAAGCAGCGGGCAGCCGGGAGGCUGUGAGGGAGAGGCACAGCUCCAGCCGGGGCAGGAAAAGUGUCCAGGGGCUGGGCACAGCAGGACCUCCCCGUCCCCGCAAGGUGCGGCGAAGUGUCGUGGACAUAGUCCCACCCCCAGAGACAUGUAUUAAGAGGCUAAGUAGCUGCCGGUGGAUAGUGCCUGCCCGCGGUGAGGUGGAACUGAAGGUCUUCUUCAGCUCCACAGAGGUUGGCCAGUUUGAUCAGGUGCUACAUUUUGAGAUCUUGGGGACAAACCGACUGUACCAGCUGCACUGCAGGGGCACCUGCCUGUAUCCCACCAUCAGCCAGGACCCACGGGUGGUGUUCCCUCAACAGAGGAAGAGCAAGGCAGAUGAUGACAUCAUCUUCAAGCAAUAUGUCAUGGACACUGGUGUAUUCUACUUCGGACCACUGAGGUGUGGGAAGUCAAGAGAAUGGUACAAGGCAUUGCCCCAUCCUAGCAACUGUGAGAAGAUCACCAUCCUCAACAUCACUGCCUUGGAAGCAGAGGUGCAUUUCUGCUUUGAGCAUGAUCUCAAAGCGGACACAUUCCUUUUAGACCCUCCCAGCAUGAAGCUGAAACCAAAUGAGAAGCAGGAGCUCAGCAUUUGGGCAUACCCCACUUCAGCUGGCCUCGUGGAAGACAAUCUCAUCUGCUCCAUUAACAGCAACCCAGAGCCGGUGGUGUUCCACCUGUGCUGCCAGGGGGUGCAGGUGGAGCUGGGGGUCAGCCCCAGGCAGUUGCAUUUCGACAGGCUGCUGUUGCACAGGAGGGACAGCAAGACCCUGUUCCUGCAAAACCACACCCCACUGCCUGUGGCCUGGCGACUCAGUGGGCUGGAGAACCUCGGCAAGGACUUCUCUGUGUCUCAAGCUGAGGGCAUCGUUGGUCCCUGCACGGAGUUUGGUGUGCAUCUAUAUUUUAAGCCUAUGAAGGCUCUCAGCAUUAAGAAGACAAUCCGACUAGAGGUUUCAGACACCGAAAACGACCUUGGAGUUGCUCACACUGAAAAUAUCCAAGUCUCUGCAGAGGCCUAUGAUGUUGCUCUGAACAUCAGCAUUUCUAAAGGUACAGAUGGCAGUGUGGAUUUUGGAAUCCUUAAAGUCUUGGAGGAUGCAAAGGAAGUGCUGACUCUGAGGAAUAAAGCGAAGUACGAGAUUGUGUACAGUUUCAAGCUGGAAACCACACAUACCAGCAUACCUGACUUGGCAUCCCACUUCACUGUCCAGCCGCAGAGGGGCGUGUUGGCUAGCUCCAAGCGCCCUGCACAGGUCCAGUUGCUCUUCCACCCUAAGACAGAACUUAGCAUUGAGAACAAACCCAUCCUGCAGUGCCAGGUGAUUGAUCCCCACAUCUGUGAAGAAGGUGAGAUCAUCGCCAUCAUCCCAGUGAGGGUAUCAGCAAAAGCUGUGUUCAGCAAGUACAGCAUUCGCCCUACCUCACUCAUCAGCUUCGGUGCCAUGGUGAGUGGCACCAGGAAAACAUGCAGCUUCAUGCUGGAAAACAAAGGCAUCCUUGACUUUAAAUUCUUCAUCUACCAAGAAGAACAGGCUGCACCUCUGUUGCCAAAGAAAAGUGCCCAUCAAAGGAAAUCUGCUCACUCCCAAGAGAGUGAAAAUGAAAAGCCAGUGGUUCUGUCAGCCAAGCCAAGCAAGCGCUUGUUGCAAAAGGAUCCAAACCCUGUCCCACAGGCUUGUCUCACCAUGGGCAUGUUCACAGUGUACCCAGUCUUUGGCACCAUCCCUCCUGGGGGCCAGCAGAUGAUCACGGUGGAGUGCUGUGCAGAGCCACUGGGAACAUGCAAGGAGUUCCUGUUCAUCGAUGUCAGUGACAGAGACCCCAGGGAUAAUCCUUUUGGCAUCCCGUAUACCCUGCUUGCUGAGUCCUGCCUUCCAGCAUUUGUGAUUGAUGACAUAGAGGCCAUCUUUGAGGAACAUCGAAUCUGCAGCAACAAGAACCUCUGUCACAUCCUACGGACAGUGCAAGACAAGGGCAUCUUCAUCACAGAUGAGAACAAGUUUAUCUUCACCGAUGUUCUGGUUGGGCACCAGGCCACAGCUCGCUUCAAGAUCUGCAAUGUGGGCAAAGUCCCCUGUAAUGUCGUCCUGUCCGUCAGACCUGUCUCCAGUAAGCUUAACAGCCCUGUUAGUGACGUUUUCGAGGUGGAUCCUGUUCAGAUGUGUAUUCCCAGCUGCUCCCAUGCCUUUGCUACAGUGACGUUCACUCCCCAAUCAAUGGAGACCUACCAGUGCACUUUUGAGGCUUCCCUUGAUGUCCUGGCAAGCCAUACAACAAUGAAAGCACAAAGCCUGAUCUUUGAUAUCAGUGGAGAUGGGAAUUUGCCUCGGGUGACAGUCCUGUGCCCAGUCCUUCACAAUAAGAGAGGGAACCCUCUGUUGCUUUUCAAGAAGUUGUUGCUGGGUGAUUCAGAAAAACUCCCUCUAGUCCUUCAUAACAGUGGCGUCAUACCUGUCCAGCUGAUGAUUGACCUGUUGGAUGAAUGGGGAGUUUUCUUCCUGAAAGCCAGGCCCACCACACACUGUAUCUACCAAGCUGCAGACAUGAAGGAGGACUCGCCUGAAGAAGACAGGAAGCCUCACACCGCUGCCCUGGUCCUGCAUCAAGGGGAAACAGCAGAGUUUGAUGUGCUUUUCAAACCCACCCUGGCACAAUGUGUGAAAGGGAAGAUCUGUCUGUCAGUGGUGGACAACCCAUAUGAAGAGACCAGCAUUCAGCUGUUAGGUGAAGGCUAUGAGGAUGACUUCACACUGGAUAACAUCCAUGGACUAGUGUCAGACAACAAGAAGGAGAGCACUGAGGGCAAUCUGGAGGAAGACAUAAUUGAGGCUGCCAGAGUGGAACACAUCCAGUUUGGGGACUGUCACAUCGGGACACCCUACACUGUGACCUUCACAAUCAGCAACCGCAGCAAGGUGGAGGUGCUGCGGUUUGAGUGGCUGGUAGACCCGCCAUUCGUGUUCUCCCCCCAGGUGGGACACCUCCAUGCUGGCUGUGCUAAGGACAUCACAGUGACCCUGAAAUCAGAUGUCGCAGUUGCCUUCAAAAUGCACCCUGUGAAGUGUAAGAUUGUGAGGAUCACCUUCCAGCUGCCACCAGAAGCAGUGGUGGACUGGGAUGACUGCCUGCACACCAUCGAGUGGAUGGAUGCCAGCAGGGACUCAGCAGCCACGUGGCCUGUGAGAAAGGUGAUCAAGACAACCCCAGAACCAGCUCACACUGUCCUGGAGAAGAGCAGCCGUGAGGUGGAGCUUCACCUCAGUGCUGUUGUUGACUAUGCCAAGUUCCAGCUGGAUGCGGACAUGAUUCAGUUCAAGGAGACCUUGCUCUUCCAGACAAGGACAGUCACUUUCCAGCUGUCUAAUACAGGGAAUGUAGCCCUGGGAUACACCUGGAUAGCAACUGUGAAGGAUGAAAGGGCAGUGAACCAUACCGGGGAGCUGCUCCUGCCCAAUCUGAAUGGGGAUUCCCUCUCCUCCACUUGUGGUACCUCUGGGAAGCUCCAUUGUUCGAGUCAGCUGGACCAUGCACUGGAGCACGUCUCUCCCUCCCUGAGCUCAUCUCUAAAUGCCAUCAGUGGCAUAUCACCAUUCUCUGUCGAGCCCUGCAGUGGCACCAUCCCUGUUGGCCAGGAACAGCUCUUCCAGAUGAAGUUCUCUCCAGUUUACGUGGGGAACUUUGAGAGCCGUAUGCUCUGCAGUAUUCCUAACCUGACACCAAACCAAAAGUGUCCGGAGGUGGUUGUGAAGGGGAAAAGUCUGAUGACAAACUGCCACUUUGAACUAGAAGACUCUGAUUACCUCACAUCAAACAGGCGCAACGCAAAGUUGCCGUACCCAAAGGAGACAAUGUUAGAUCUCAACACAAGAGUGAUUGAGUUUGUGGCAAUUGGGGUGUGCAGCAGAAGCAGCAGGACCUUCACAGUUACAAACCCAACCAGUUCUGCAUACUCCUUCCAGUGGACUUGUCAAGACCCUGAAGCUCCACGAGGACAGGAGGCUUUCUUCUGCUUCACAGAGAGAGGUCAGAUCCAGCCAGGGAAGAAAGCAGAGAUGAAGUUCCAGUUCAUUCCCCAGCACCUGGAUGUUACAGAAUCAUUCUGGAUCUUUACAGUUCCUGAGCAGAACAUUUCAGUCCCAGUUCUGUUAGUGGGCAAUGCCAGUGACCCACUCGUGACUCUGGACAGAUCUCACCUGAACUUCCAGUUGCUGUUAAUCGGGCACGAAGUACGCCAGACCAUGUAUAUGAUCAACAGUGAGAAGGAAGCCUUCAGCUUUGCUUUCAGGGAAAGCUCUCUCUUCUCAGAGGCAUGCCAGGCCUCCGUGAAGGUAGAGCCCCUGAAAGGCUCCAUCGCUCCUCUUUCAAGGCUUCCCAUUACAGUCUUCUUCAUACCAACAAUAGAAGGAGAGGUGGUCUUCAACCUCAAGUGCGAUGUCAAGAGAAAAACCCAGCCUCUCUCCUUGAACAUCAAGGCCACCAGCUACAGCAUGAAUGUCUCUGUCAGGUGCCAGGACAGCGAUGGCCAUGUCACUGAGCUCAGUGCACACAAAGUCAACACCAUUGAUCUCAAGGAAGUACAGCUAAAUGAGAGCAUCAAGUGCAUCUUCAGCAUCCGCAACAAUGGCAGAUUCAGCUUCACCUUCACAUGGGAGCUGUGUGGUCCAGCAGCCUGUCAGCAGGUCCUCACCAUCACCCCUUGGACAGGCAUCCUGCAGGCAGAGGAGAAAGCAGAGACCCAGCUGACAUUUCACCCACAAAAGAUGUGCUCUUUAAAGGAUGUUAAGCUGGCACUGCAGAUCAGCAAGGGUCCCACAUUUACCUGCGUGUUUCUGGCCACUGUGGUAGCACCUGCUGUUCACUUCUCCACCACUAGACUCAACUUUGGAACCUGCUUCAUCUACCAUGCUGGGAUGACACCUGUCCAGCAGACCCUUGUCAUCACAAACAAGGCAAACAAGGAUAUGAGUUUGAACUGCUUGUUCAGCAACACUGUGCACCUCAAGGUGGACUUCCCAGUGUGGAAUAUCCUAUGCCCAGGAGGGACAGUGGAGGUCCCCAUCACUUUCUAUCCCAGAGAGGUUGCAUCUUACCGUGAACUCAUCCCUAUUGAAAUCAAUGGUGUGUACCAACAGACCAUUGAGGUCCGAGGAAGAGGCGUGGAAAUGAAGGUUGAUGUUGUGGAACCACAAGGAAAGGUGGUGAACCUGGGAGCCCUCUCCAUUGGACAGAUGGUGAAGAAGAUUGUCACCAUAGCAAACAACAGUGCUGCCCCUCUCACUUUUAAGCUUAGUCUCACGUCCACCCUGCCAGAGCUGCAAGAAGCUGGGGUUCUCUGCUUGAAGCCUACUAAGGAGCUAAACCUGAAGCCCAGAGGAGACACCUGCAAAGUGGAGGUGACCUUCUCUCCAAAGCACCGCAUCCAGCCAUUCACUGAAGAAGUGAUGUUGGAGUGCAGUGGGCUGGUGCACUCCCUUUUUGUGGUGCGGGGCUCCUGCCAGGGCAGCCAAGUGAGCUUGGACCAGGACCACCUCAGCUUUGGAGCCGUGAUGCAGCAAAGCUACACAAGCCAGCGCAUUGUCAUGAGGAACACAGGCGACAUAGGAGUCAAGUUUAAGUGGGACAUAAAGAGCUUCAAGCCAGAUUUCUGCAUCAGGCCCACAGAGGGUUACAUCUCCCCAGGAAUGGUUGUCCCUUUCGUUGUGACCUUCCGCCCCUCAAAGCUGGGUCAGGCCGUCCAGUAUGAUGGGCUGCAGUGCUUCAUCCAGGGCAGUGAGCCACUCCAGCUUACUCUGGCAGGAUGCUGUGUGGAAGCCCCUGUGAUCAAAGAGACUCUGAUUUUCACAUGCAGCGUGCGUGAGAAGCAGAGCCAGACCAUCCUCUUGUCGAACCCAAGCAAUGAGGCCUGGACUGUGCAACCCAUCAUUGAGGGGGAACACUGGAAGGGGCCUGAACUUUUCCAUUUAGAAGCCAAUGAACAAAAAAAGCCAUACAAGGUCACCUACGCACCUCAAACCAUGAGCUCUGAGAAUAUGAAUCAUCAGGGUUCCAUCUUCUUCCCAUUGCCAGAUGGGAUGGGCUUGUACUACUGCCUGCAAGGAACUGCUAAAGACCCAGAGUGUUCAGGGAUGAUUUCCCGGCAGGUGCCGUGUAGAACGUCCCACACUGAGCUCAUCCCCGUCUGCAACUGGCUACACAGGCCACAGAGGUUCCUUGUGGUGAUAGACAUACUCAAACCAGAAAAGCCGGAAAGCAGUUUUGUGCUUCAGGGGCUGGAACACAUUGAUGUGCCAGGCUCCGCCAAGAAGGACUACCAGCUCACGUUCCUGUCCUAUAAAGAAGUAGUCAUUAACGCAGUGGUGACCUUCCUCAAUGAGGAGACGGGGGAAUACUUGUUCUACAUGGUGACUUACAACGCUACCGCUUCGGAACCCAUCAGCACUGUUGAAAUUACCACUGCUGUUCGACAGAGAGUAUCCUCCACCGUCAAGGUGGACAACCCUCUGUCCGUCCCAGUGACGUUUGCCAUAGACUGCAAAGUGCCUGACAUCAGUGUUCCCCCACAGUUCACUGUUCCUGCACAGUCAGAGGCUGAUCUUGUACUUGAGUACCAGCCCCUCAAAGUGGGUGAGAGCACCGGGUGCCUGGUGCUCCAGAGCAGUGACUUGGGCUCUUUCUACUACAACCUGCAAUUGAAAGCCAUCGUGAGCAGGCCGGAGAAGCCCCUCUACUUCUGCAUCACACUGGGCUCUAGUCAGACCAUCACUGCAAAAAUAAUGAAUUAUGCCCGGCAGAAGACUGAGUACUUCCUCCAGACCAAUUGUGCUGACUUCCAAACAGAGAAAACCAUCAGUGCGGCCCCUGCCAGCCCCAGGGGCUCAGAGCUGAGCAUGGAGGUGACCUUCGAGCCCUGCCAGCUGGGUGAAGCCAGGGCCACACUGCAGCUCUCCUCCCCGCUUGGCGGCGAUUACAGCAUCCCACUUAUUGGCCUCGCCCUCCCACCCAAGCCCCAGGGCCCCUUCCCCAUCAAGAGUGGCACCACCAUCUCCAUCCCCUUCAAGAACAUCUUUCUCCAAACCAUGGCCUUUCAGUGCAUGGUGGAGCACCCGGCCUUUACUGUCAGGGCCCCCAAGAGCUUGCGUGCCAAAAAGACCAUGACCAUCACCAUCUCCUUUGCGGGCAGCCCGGCUGCCGGCGGGGCUGCCGUCCCCAGCAGGAUGGUGGUCUCCUGCCCCGGGGGCGCCGGUGUCUCCUGGGUGUACUACCUUCGCGGCCUUCCCGCUACCAAAGGACCGGUGUCCCCGCUGAGCCCCAGCUAAGCUGCUUCUGAUAGCGGGCACUCCGUAAUUAACUGAGAGUCCAUUUAUUCUGCGGCGCUCGGUGUGCAAUAAACCAGCCGCGCUCCUCCGGAGCAGCGGGUACU